GUCCCUAUCCGUUGCGGCCCCUCUAGGCGCUGGCGCAGCGAUGGCGGAGGCGGUGGAGCGCACGGACGAGCUGGUCCGCGAGUACCUGCUGUUCCGCGGCUUUACGCACACACUGCGGCAGCUCGACGCCGAGAUCAAGGCGGACAAGGAGAAGGGGUUCCGGGUGGACAAGAUUGUGGACCAGCUACAGCAGUUAAUGCAGGUGUAUGACCUGGCUGCCCUUCGGGAUUACUGGAGCUACCUGGAGCGUCGGCUCUUCAGUCGCUUGGAAGAUAUAUAUAGACCCACCAUUAACAAGUUGAAAACCAGCCUGUUUCGCUUUUAUCUUGUCUACACAAUCCAGACAAACAGAAAUGACAAGGCUCAGGAGUUCUUUGCAAAGCAAGCUACGGAGCUCCAGAACCAGGCCGAGUGGAAGGAUUGGUUUGUCCUGCCCUUUCUGCCAUCCCCAGAUACCAACCCCACCUUUGCUACUUACUUCUCCCGCCAGUGGGCUGACACCUUCAUUGUGUCCCUGCACAACUUCUUGAGUGUCCUGUUUCAGUGCAUGCCAGUUCCUGUGAUCCUGAACUUUGAUGCGGAGUGUCAGAGGACCAACCAGGUUCAAGAAGAAAAUGAAGUUCUGCGUCAGAAGCUUUUUGCAUUGCAAGCAGAAAUCCACCGACUGAAGAAAGAGGAGCAGCAGCCAGAAGUGGAGGAGGCCUUGGUCCAGCACAAAUUACCUCCCAUAGUCUCCAACAUGGACCGCCUGGGGGACUCAGAACUAGCCAUGGUGUGCAGCCAGAGGAGCACUUCCCUCUCCCAGUCACCUCGUGUGGGCUUCCUGUCCUCGCUGCUGCCGCAAAGCAAGAAGAGCCCCUCAAGGCUGUUGCCGGGUCAAGGGCCCCCUCAGGCUCAGAGCUCAGCCAAGAAAGAGUCCUUCAGCAGCCAGACCGUUAAGGGCAAGGACAUGGCAUCUGGAGCCAAGGACGCGAAAAGCCUUUUCGGCGGGCUGUCCACCGGAGAGUCCAGCUGGUCGCAGCACCGGCAGCGGCGCCUGCAGGAUCACGGCAAGGAAAGGAAGGAGCUUUUCUCUACGACUUCCCAGUGUGCAGAGAAGAAGCCCGAAGCCAGUGGCCCAGAGGCAGAGCCUUCCGCAGAGCUUCAUGUGGAGCCGGUGGAGACGCUGAUGCGGGCUCCCACGGCAGGCCCGGAAGGAGUCCGCCCUGAGCAGCCCUUUAUCGUCCUGGGCCAGGAAGAGUAUGGCGAACACCACUCGUCCAUCAUGCACUGCCGAGUGGAUUGCUCGGGGAGGAGGGUUGCCAGCUUAGAUGUAGAUGGGGUCAUCAAAGUGUGGUCAUUCAACCCCAUCAUGCAGACCAAAGCGUCCUCCAUUUCCAAGUCACCACUGCUUUCUCUGGAAUGGGCCACCAAGCGGGACAGACUGCUCUUACUGGGCAGCGGUGUAGGCACAGUACGUCUUUAUGACACGGAAGCCAAGAAGAACCUCUGUGAAAUCAAUAUCAAUGAAGAUAUGCCCAGAAUCCUGUCGCUGGCGUGCAGCCCCAGUGGCGCCUCGUUUGUCUGUUCGGCUGCAGCUCUGAGCCUCACUUCCCAGGUGGACGUGUCCGCACCAGACAUCAGCAGCAAAGGCAUGAACCAGGUUCCUGGCAGGCUGCUGCUGUGGGACACGAAAACCAUGAAGCAACAGCUCCAGUUCUCCCUGGAUCCAGAACCCAUUGCUGUCAACUGCACAGCCUUCAAUCACAAUGGGAACCUGCUGGUCACAGGGGCGGCUGAUGGUGUUAUCCGGCUGUUUGAUAUGCAGCAGCACGAGUGUGCUAUGAGCUGGAAGGCCCACUGCGGAGAGGUCUACUCUGUGGAGUUCAGCUACGACGAGAACACCGUGUACAGCAUUGGCGAGGAUGGGAAGUUCAUCCAGUGGAACAUCCACAAGAGUGGCCUGAAGGUGUCCGAGUACGGCCUCCCCUCUGACGCCACGGGCCCCUUCGUGCUGUCGGGGUACAGCGGCUACAAGCAGGUUCAAGUCCCCAGAGGCCGACUCUUCGCUUUUGACUCCGAGGGAAAUUACAUGCUGACGUGUUCCGCCACAGGGGGCGUCAUCUACAAGCUGGGUGGGGAUGAGAAGGUGCUGGAGAGCUGCUUGAGCCUGGGUGGUCACCGAGCCCCCGUGGUCACCGUGGACUGGAGCACAGCCAUGGACUGUGGGACCUGCCUCACCGCCUCCAUGGAUGGCAAGAUCAAGCUGACCACCCUCCUGGCCCAUAAAUUCUGAUUUGACCUGCUUUGUGGGACCCGAGGAAGCAGUAUUAUCCUGGGGAGUGGUGGGAAAGACAGGAUGUCUCUGUCCCCUGCUCCCUGGCAGUGUGGGUACCUUCAGGGAAAGACUGCCCAGUGGUUGGGGCACUGCCUGGCUGCAGUGAUUGGCACGGGUUGCCCCAUGGAGCAGGUGGCAUGUGCUCCCCAGAGACCAGCCUCCUGGGCUCCGUCAGAAGCAUGCACCAGAUGGCAGGAAGUGACCUUGAACUGUAAAAACUUAGGAAGAAGGAAGAAACAUUGUGAUGGCUGCUCUGUUGACCCAGGAGAGAUUAACAGUAUUUUGUAUAUAUUUGCUCAUUUUUUUUUUUUUUUUUUUAAAGUAAUUCUCUCAUGGUCACCUGGUGUCUCCUUCCAAGAUGAGUGUGUGUAGCAGAGUGUCUCCCUUCACCCUUUGCCCUGGCAACGGUCAGCUAUGAGCUCCCUGCCCUAGGUGCUGCACCCCAGCUUUUACUUGCAUCGCUGGCUAUUUGCUAACUGAGGUUUUUGCCGAUACUAUUUUCCCUGGGCUCAAGUCAAGGCCAAAGUUUUUUUUCUCUUCCCUGAUACUUGGCAGCUUUUGUUACAGGAUGAGGACAGGGGUUGAGGCUUCUGCUCCUGGUUGUCCCUUUCCAUCUGGGCUGACUGUUAUUUCCCUCUUUCAUUUGGUCACCUCUCUCAUUCCUCUUUCAACUUAAUGUCCUUGAGGUUGCAUGGAGCCAGCUGCCUGGGCCCUCUGCUGGUGAAUGGUGAGAGGAAACAGCAGGUCAGUCAAGGAACUGGGACUGGAACUUGGGGUUCAGGCCAUUCCAGCUGUGGCUCAAGCAGUGCCUCAUUCAGCAGUGCCCACACCCUUGCCCGUGGCCUGCCCUCUGCCCCCUGACUGGGAUGGGACCUUGAAGUGAAGUGAGGAGGCAUGAGGGAACCACUCCCCUUCAUCCUCUCCUAUUUCAUGGCUGAGCAGGAGAGGCACAGCCCCUGUCACUAAGCCUUGUGCUAGGAGCCACCGUGGGGUGACAGGCUCUGACGUUGGCAGGGGGCAGCCUUUUCACCGAUCUAGGGAAAGCUGCUGCCAGAAGCUGCUUGGGACAGUUAUUUCAGAGCCUUUUUUGGUCCUAGCCUACUUCUGGAGUGGGGAGCCUCCUAGUUACCUAAUUUUGGAAACGCACCAAGAAACUGAUACUAAUCCUUGGCUCAAUUCUGCUGGGAAUUGGGGUGGGGGUGGGGAAGUAGAGGAGGUAUUUCUGUGGCUCCAUUAUGAGAGAACACCAAAGACUUGGUAAUAAGUGGUUACUUACACAUUUGUACUUGCACUUUGCGUAAUCCUCCUUCCCGCCAAUGAAGAAAAUCAAUGCUGUUUUCCAUUUAUUAUUUUCCCCUUCUUCAUUAAAACAGCAAUCCUGUUUAUCUCUGCCAAGGAUUCUUUAGACAUUUAAAAA